CCAACUCAGCAGUGGAUGGAUUGUCCGGGCAGAAACACCGCAACCGGAAAUGACGUUAGCGUCCAGCAGAGAAAAUGCAGUUGCAGGAGUAAUGGCUGCAAAGCGCGAGCCGCUAAAAGGUGUUUAAUGUAUUGUCCUCCAGGAUUCGAGCCACAACAGCCUUCCUGAAGCCCUGUUAAUGGCCAAUUUGAGUUGACAUAAUGGCCCAGACUUCAAGUGGAAAUGGAUUCAAGCUUGAUGUACCCCAGCCAAAGGGGAUUGUGGGUAAAGAAGAAGCCCUCAGAAUGGAGGAGGAAGCGAUGGCAAAGUGUCAGAAGGAGAAGCAGCACUCUCUUUCAGCGUCCUCUCGCUUGUCUUCUUCCGCCCCAUCCUCUUCUUCUCAUAGACUUAUGGCCUCAUCUAUCACUACUCCACCUCAAUCAUCCACCAGACCAGAAAGAGACCUCAUCGUCUUCCCGGAGACCAAGAAACCAGCGGGGAGCGACAAGUUCAGCGAUAUUGACGUGGAAAAAUUGACCAAUGAGGAGCUUGAGAAGCUCCUCCUGGAUGAUAACUUUGGGACUAGCAGCAGCAAGGCGACCCGUCCCUCCUCGUUGCUGGGCUUCAACCUCAGCGCCUCCUACCCGGGGGGCCAUGCCUGUAGUCACUCUCCAUUCCAGACUGGCCCGUGGACCCCUGUUAUAUCCACGACAUCCGGCUCUGGUGUCUCCACUCCCACCAACCAGCAAGCCCCCUUGUUCCCCUCCGCCCCCUUUCCCAAACCGGUCUCCUUCCAGAACGGCUUCCCCCCGGGGAUGUCCCCCUUCAUGGGCCUGACGGCCCCCCAGCCUUCCUUCAUGGGCUUCACCCCCAUCCAGACCGCCGCUCCACUCGUCUACCAGCAGCCCCCAGUCGACCCGGUGAUGGCCAGACUUUUUGACAAGAUCGCCAGCACUUCGGAGUACCUGAAAAACGGCCGAUUGGCCAGCAUGGAUGUAGACUCGGCCCCAGGCCCUGCCCUAUCACCAGCCCAUCCUGCCGCUGCCGAGGAACCCACUACGGUCAGCCACUUCGAGUGGCUGGACCUCGACCCGCUCACCAGACGCAGAGACGAGUCAGAGGAGACGGCCGGGGGGAGGGUGACUGCAGCAGGGGACUCUGCUGGGGACCCCUGGGACGCAGUCCUUGAGACUGAAGGGAGUAGAGGCAGCAGCAGCCCCACCAGCGAGGCCAAGCCCCCCCUCUCCACGCAGGCUCAGCCCAGGAGGGCGUCGACGGGGGCCUCGGGGGGAGCUGCCAUGACCAGGGGCCACCCCCUCAGCCCACCCUCGACCUCAUCACAACAGCUUCCCAACAACCAGGAGAAGGCCCGAGCCAGAGGAACGGAGAAGCCCUCAGCACUACAGGAACCCGAGGCCCAGAACCUGGAGGCUGUGGCCUUCUGCACAGAAGUUGCCAUGCUGCGCUCCCGUUUCCCCCACGGCGACGUGUCCACCAACCCCGGCUACAUCCUCAGCCCAGUCAUCCCCCAGCGGGACGGGGGGGGGGACGGGGGCUGUUCCGUCAAGGUCUCCAUCGAGAUAUCGGACUUCCAGGAGCCGGUCACCUUCACCUGUGACGUGAGCUCUCCAGUGGAGCUGCUGGUCAGCCAGACCCUGUGCUGGGUGCACGACGACUUGGACCAGGUGGACUUCUCCUGUUACCUGCUCAAGGUCUGCGGCCAGGAGGAGGUCCUGCAGAAUAAACACAGCCUGGGGAGCCAUGAGUACGUCCAGAACUGCAGGAAGUGGGAGAGUGAGAUCAGGUUACAGUUACUCUCUCAGUCCACCAUGAGAAGAGACCUAGCCCGCACAGCUGAAGAUGAGAGCUCCCCCAUAGACCUGGAGAAGCACCUGACUCUGGUGGAGAGGCCGUUCAAAGAGAAUGUCACCAGACAAGGCCUGUCUGACUACCUGGAAGGCUACCACAAGCAGGUCACCAUGUGCCUGCAGAACGAGAGCACCCAGUACAAGGACGUUGGGCGAGUGAUCCAGACGGUGAAAAACCUCUGCAGCGCCCUGGACGCUGUGGAGACCCCAGCCAUAACCGAGGCCGUCAAGAGGCUGCGCCACCAGGCCAACCUCCCCCAGGCUGCGCUCCCCAGAUGUAACGGCAGCCCCGUGCAGGAGGGCAUGGCGCAGCUGACUGAGGCGGUCUACGACCUGCCACACCCCCGCCGACAGCCCGGCCGCCGAGGGGAGGGCCCGCUCGGGAGGCCUCCUGGCACCACGGACCAACUGCAGUUCACCGUGUUCGCCCUGCAUGGGAUCCCAGCCCCCUGGAUCAGCAGUUAUGAGAAGUACUACCUGACCUGCUCUCUCACCCACAAUGGGAGGAACCUGUUCAAACCGGUCCAGUCCAAGAAGGUGGGGACCUACAAGAGCUUCUUUCUAACAUCAAGAUGGGACGAGCUGAUCAUCUUCCCCAUGGCGGUGGCGGUGCUGCCCCUGGAGUCUGUGCUCAGCCUGUCUGUGUUCGGGCUGCUCAACCAGAACGCAACCAGCUCCCCAGACUCCAACAGGCAGAGGAAAGGCCCUGAGCUGCUGGGCAAGGUAUCCUUGGCUCUGUUCGACUUCCACAGGGUGCUCGUCCAAGGGAGACAUCUCUUGUGUCUCUGGUCGUCCCCUCUGGGGCCGGCUGCAGCGGCCGUGGGGGGGCGGAGGAGGAGCCCUGCUGAGAGGAUCGUACUGCAGGUGGACUUCCCCAGCCCCUCAGCAGAGGUCCUCUAUGUCGGGCCCCCUGCGGCCCCAAGCCCAGAGCCCGACACCCUGGAGGAACUGGACCCGGACCUCCGGCGCAAGCUGGAGAAGAUCUGCAGCCGGGCAUCCACCUUCGGGCUGAAGAGGGCUGACUACCAGCUGCUCUGGGACCAGAGGCUGUACUGCAGGCGGGACCACCCCAGCAGCCUCCCGAAGGUGCUGGCCGGGGCCCCCAGCUGGGACUGGGCCAGUCUGGCUCACAUCCAUUCCCUGCUGCACCUUUGGGCCCCACUGGCCCCCGUCACAGCGCUGGAGCUGCUCGACGCUAAGUUUGCAGACACUGAGGUGAGACGUGUUGCUGUGGGGUGGAUAGAAGUGAGCACAGAUGAUGAGCUGGCUGACUACCUGCCUCAGUUAGUACAGGCGCUGAAGUUUGAAUGUCAUCUAAAGAAUGCGCUAGUCAUGGCAUUGCUGUCCAGAGCCCAAGAAACAUCAAUAUCGCACCCACAUCUAUACUGGCUGCUGAGGGACGCACGGAGGACCAGCCUGGAGCGGCGCUACGAGCAGGUGCUGGGGGCCCUGAUGUGUCUUUGUGGGCGGCUGAGGGCCGAGCCGACAGGCAGACCCAGCCUGGUCAACCUGCUAGCAGGCGUUGCUGAGAGGGUCCGACAGGCGGGGGGCUCUGCGCGCCAGGUUGCACUCCAGGAGGGACUGGAGAACGUCCAGACCUUCUUCCAGAGGAACAGCUGUCGUCUGCCCCUCAGCCCCAGCCUUGUGGCCAAGGAGCUCAACAUCAAGGCCUGCUCCUUCUUCAACUCCAACGCUGUUCCGUUGAAGUUGGCUCUGGUCAACGCAGACCCUCUGGGAGAAGAGAUCAAUGUCAUGUAUAAGGUGGGAGAGGACCUGAGGCAGGACAUGCUGGCCCUGCAGAUGAUUCGCAUCAUGGACCGCAUCUGGCUGCAGGAGGGCCUGGACCUGCGCAUGGUCAACUUCAAAUGCAUCUCUACUGGCAAAGACAAAGGCAUGGUGGAGCUGGUGCCGUCCUCAGACACCCUUAGGAAAAUCCAGGUGGAGUAUGGAGUCACCGGCUCCUUCAAGGACAAGCCCCUGGCUGAGUGGCUCCGCAAGUACAACCCUGCAGAGGACGAGUAUGACAAGAGGAACUUCAUCUACUCGUGUGCUGGCUGCUGCGUGGCCACCUAUGUGCUCGCAUCUGUGGACCGCCACAACGACAACAUCAUGCUGCGCUCCUCCGGACACAUGUUCCACAUCGACUUCGGCAAGUUCCUGGGCCGCCAGAUGUUCGGGAGCUUCAAGAGAGACCGCGCCCCCUUCGUUCUGACCUCCGACAUGGCCUACGUAAUCAACGGGGGGGAGCGGCCCACCAGCCGCUUCCAGCUGUUUGUGGACCUCUGCUCUCAGGCCUACAACCUGAUCCGCAAGCACUCGGGCCUCUUCCUCAACCUGCUGUCGCUGAUGACAUCCUCGGGUCUCCCAGAGCUGAGUGGCUCUCAGGACCUAAAGUACGUGUUUGAUGCUCUGCAGCCCCACACCACCGACGCUGAGGCCACCAUCUUCUUCACCAGGCUGAUUGAGUCCAGUCUUGGCAGCAUGGCCACCAAGUUUAACUUCUUCAUCCAUAAUCUGGCCCAGCUGCGUUUCUCUGGUCUGCCUGCUAGUGACGAGCCCAUCCUGAGCUUCUCCCCGCGGACCUACAGCCUGAAGCAGGACGGGCGGGUGAUGCAGGCCUCCAUCUUCUCCUUCCAGAAGAGAUACAGCCCUGACAAACACUAUACCUAUGUGGUGAGGCUCCUGAGGGAGGGGCAGAACGAGCCCCAGUUUGUUUUCCGCACCUUCGACGAGUUCCAGGAGCUGCACAGCAAGCUCAGCAUCCUGUUCCCCCUCUGGAAGCUGCCCAGCUUCCCUAACAAAAUGGUUCUGGGCCGCACGCACAUCAAGGAGGUGGCGUCCAAGAGGAAACUGGAGCUCAACAACUACGUCCACAACCUGCUGAGGAGCUCCACAGAGGUCACCCAGUGUGACCUCAUCUACACCUUCUACCACCCGGUCGCCCGUGACGACAAGACAGAAGGUGUGGAGGCCACGCCCAAAGCUCCAGAGCCCCCCCUCAGCCCCACAGGUGGCCGGGUGGAAGGAGAGGUGAAGGUCUCUGUGUCGUACAGGAACAGCAACCUCUUCAUCAUGGUCAUGCACAUCAGAGACCUGGUUUCUGAGGACGGGACAGAUCCAAACCCCUAUGUGAAGACCUACCUGCUCCCUGACCCUCACAAGACAUCCAAACGCAAGACCAAGAUAACAAGGAAGACGAGGAAUCCAACCUUUAAUGAGAUGCUGGUCUACAGCGGCUACAGUAAGGAGACCCUGGGCCUUCGGGAGCUUCAGCUCAGUGUGCUGAGCGCCGAGUCGCUGCGGGAGAACUUCUUCCUGGGUGGCAUCACGCUCCGACUCAAAGAAUUUGACCUUAGCAAAGAGACGGUCAAGUGGCACAAGCUCACCGCUGUCCCCUACUUCUAGACCCCUACUUCUAGACCCCUACUUCUAGACUCCUCUCCCAACCCCUACUUCUAGACUCCUCUCCCGACCCCUCCUUCUAGACCCCUCUCCUGUGCCAUACUUUUAGAUCCCCUCACAUGUUACUUCCUGGGGACGGUGUGCACGCAUCUGUCUUCAAAAAUCCCAAGCUCCUACAGACGGCCCUCAGAGAGGGACAGCUCCUACAGACGGGCCUCAGAGGGACAGCUCCUACAGACGGCCCUCAGAGAGGGACAGCUCCUACAGACGGGCCUCAGAGGGACAGCUCCUACAGACGGGCCUCAGAGGGACAGCUCCUACAGACGGGACUCAGAGGGACAGCUCCUACAGACGGGCCUCAGAGGGACAGCUCCUACAGACGGGCCUCAGAGGGACAGCUCCCAACCAUCACUCCUUUGUUUCACUCCAUCUUUUAUUGUGCCUCCCCUUUCCUCCCCCUUUUAUCAGACUUAUCGAAAAAGUUUGUGACGAACAAUCUCUCUCACCGUGUUGCUCUUUUCUAAACGAUAACAGAGCUGUAAUGUUUGUACAUUUUGACAUUAGAGGACCAAACUGCUUCCUUCAGAAGAGUAUAUAUAGAUUGAGACAUUUAUUUUCCAGACCUUUGUAAUCGAGAGGAUUCUUUUAUCUACAUAGACAAAACGUGACCGGCAUCCAGGUUUUGCAGGAGUGACGUCUCGGAACAUUAUUCCCACAAGACGAGACUGUACGUGGCCUUAUUAAUGCCUGGAAUGUGCUGAAUUGAUUAUUAAGGCUGGAAAAUGAACAACUGUGCCUACAAAGAUAUGUUUUAACACUCAGAGAUCCACUUGACUAAAGAGUCCAGUAGAAUAUCUUAGUGAAGCCUUCAGCUACUAAAGCCUUGGGUGUUUCUCCAUGAGGGCUUCAGAUCUAGGAUCUGCAAUAUGAAUGGAGCCGGGAUGAAGGGCCAUCCCGGGACCCCUGGGGGGUGGGAGGGUCCACCGUUUAGCCCGGGCCCACCACUGGUUCCUCAGUAACAGCUGAAUAACAUUUAGUUGACCGGUGAUUUAUCAGUGUUGGGCAACUUAGUUCAACUCUGUAGAAAUCUUAAGUUAAACAAAAGGGAACAACUGCAAUGGAGGUUGGUUGGCUAUCCUCGUCCUCUCCUGCAGCUAACGAUAACUAUGAGAUGUUUAAUAAAUAAAGUUAAUUAUCUGGAGGGAAAACCUUUUCUUAUAAAUAGAAUAUCUAAAAAUACAGUUAUGAUUUAAGACACUUUGCUCACAGUAUGAAUAAUGGUGAUACACUAUUAGAGACUGUAUAAAAGGAGUGUCUUAACAUGGCCUGUUAUUUAUUCUUCAUUGGUGAUCUUUAACCUUAUGAUUGUGUACUUUAAUUCAUCUACCCUAAAGAAAAUUAAAUGUUUUUGGAACAAGA